AUGGAGGCACAUGUUGCCUCAAUGCUACCACCACGCAUGCCGCAUUGGGUAAUCAAAGGUAUACAGGUACUGUGUCGUCCUUCACGAUGCUUGGACUUGCUACAAGCCUCACUCAGCCCACCGUAUUAUAUUGUGGAAAUGCGCAAAGACGUCUGUCACCAGGCGCCCGUUUUGCAGAAGUAUCUGGGAUUUGACUUCCAUCAAUCACAAACGACAUGCAGCGGUAGCAACAACAUCAAGACCGUCAUCACCGCAAACCCACCGCCACUUGGUGCCUUACAAGAGCUCGCCGGACUGGGCCUCGUCUCAGCGCCAUCGCUUUAG